AUGAAGCGCAAGGCGGCCGACAGAGCCAGCUCGACUAGCAGCGGCUCCCCCGACGGUUGGUCGCCGUCCUCGUCCACGGCCUCUGGCGGCAACACCACCACCUCCACCUCGACUACAACCACCCAGCCCGCCGACGGCAAGGCCGGCACCGCAGCCAAGCCGGGCGCCAGCCGCCGCGGACACUCCAAGUCGCGCCUCGGCUGCCUCAACUGCAAGCGCCGCCGCGUCAAGUGCAACGAGCUCCGCCCGACCUGCUCGCCCUGCCGCCGCCUCGGCCUGCUGUGCGACUACGCCACCGCCGCGCAACCCGCCGCCGCCCUCGUCCAGAGCGCGCCCUCGUCCACCCUCUGCCUCGAGGACCUCCGCUUUUACUACCAGUUCCUCAACACCGCCUUCCCCUCCCUGCCGCUGCGCGCCGACCAGGUCUGGAAGAAGUGCGCCGCCAUGUCGCAUCAAUCCGAGUGCCUCGCCCACGCCGCGCUCGGCCUCGGCGCGCUGCACCUCAGCAAGCACGGCAACGUCGACUACUCGGCCCAGGCGCUCGCCCACCGCGUGUCGGCCCUCAAGAUCGUCAACGAGCAGUUCGCCCGACCGCCGCGCGACCAGGACAACGCCGACUCGCUCUUCGCCGCGCUCAUCUGCCUCGCCGCGCAGACGACGCUGCUGCCCGACGGCAUCGCCGAGUACAUGACCAUCACGCGCGCCGGCGCCCUCGUCUGGGCCUUUGUCAUCCCCGCCCACGGCUCCUCCGUCUUCCGCUCCUUCACCAACGAGAGCCACUCGGAGAACCUGUCGCGCAUCGUCAGCGAGGAUGAGCCCAAGGACUUUGCCCUGGCCGACGCCUUCCUCGCUUCCGUCGCUGCGGCAAGGGAACUCUGCGUGGACAGCCCCCGCGAGCUGUACUACUGCCAGCGCGUCGCCGACGCCGUCGAGGGCCUGCGCGUCUCGUCGCUGCAGGCCUGGCUCGCGCACGCGGCCCUCUGGCGCGCCCACUGCUACUUCUCCAACGACGACUUCCAGGCGUUCAUCGCAAAGGACAACCACCCGGCCCGGCUGCUCAUCGCGCACAUGCUCCUGGUCGACUACCUCCUCGGCCAGUUCUGCCUCAAGGACUCGGAGCAGCUGACCUUUACGGCGCGCAAGGACGUCAUCGUGUCGUGGGUCCGGGACGCGAUCGGCGCGCUGCCCAAGGACGUCAGGCCCUAUGGAGACUGGCUCGUGGGCUACUGCGAUGUCGUCGAGAAGAGCGACGGCCGGUAUCUUCUUACACCUUGA